GCUGUCUCGUCCAUGCAGAACUGCCCAACAGAAGUGUCCGUAAAAGGAAUCAGUGUAACAUGGCAUGAAAGUCCAACAGAUACUGGUGUUGUAUCAGAUCCUCUUUGCUAUUUUCAUAAUGACCUUAUUACUAGAGAUUGUAAUAAUUCUGAAUGGAUACCAUCUUUAAAUGACCUAGAUCCUUGUUUAGUGGUGUUUGAAUAUUUCGAUCUAUCCUCAUGCCCACCAAGUUUCUUUAAAAUUUCAAAACAAAACAAUAAAUACUGCUACAAAAUCACUGAAUCUUCUUCCUGGGACUACCCGUGUCUUAGAAGUGGUGGUACAUCUAUAAUAACAGAGCUUACCGCUGAAGAACUCGAAUUGUUAUUGCAGUCUCUAAGAGAGACAAACUCGUCAAGAUAUUUUUGGCUACCUGCACAUCGCCGAAAAUUAUUCAAUCCUGUAGUGUGGCAUAUUCCAGGACCAAAUUGGGGCCAGGUGGUAGAUCGCGAUGAUCUACAAUCAUUUGCUUCGAUGGUAAAAAAUUGCUUGAUGUUAGAUAUCGAGAACGGGUUAAUAACAACAGAAGCAUGCAGUAAACAAUUACCGAGUCUAUGUAUUUAUUUGAGUGAUCUUCGGAGUCCUGCUAGAUGUCCCGAAGGGUAUCAUGGUUUUCGGUUCAUGUCGGAUAAUGGUACCUGUUUUGGAAUUGAGAGAACUGAUAAUGAAACGGGAUUGACCUUUGAUGAUUUUGUAAGCAACAAAUGUAAAAAUCCAAUGGGAGAUCGUAAAGACGGUGACUUAUCAAGAUUUGUUUUCAAAAAAAUUGCAGAAUUAAAUCAAUUGCCUGAUGAUAAUUGGUGUUGGUUUGCAACUCUGCAGCGAAUAAUUAACUCUACUGAUUCACCAACGAUACAAAAUAAUAAAUUAAAAUUUCAAGGAGUUAUUGACAAUAAUGCCACAUUGGGCUUGAUGAAUUCAUUAUCAACUUUAUCCUGUAUGGCAUGCGAAACUGAAAUGAUACAUCACGGAGAGACAACAUUAGAUUUGGAGUAUAACUAUGAAGAAAUGAAAUUGUUUCUCACUGUCUAUUAUCCAUCGGGCUUGUGGAGGAAUGAUAUGGACGACAUAGGCGUUCAAUGUUUUUCAGAUGCUAAAGGAUUUGUUAAACCCAUUGAAGUAAACUCAACGACAUUAAUGGAAGCCGAAGUUAUACAACGAAAUGAAGUUAUAAAUUCAUCAAACGUAGAAAAAGCUGUAUAUGUUAUGGAACUCGCGGCUGAAAGAUUUGCACAAUAUUGGUGUGAAGGUCAUAACAAAACAUUUUCCCUCUUAACAACUAGUAAAGUUAUUGCUUAUCCUAAAGAUAACACAUUGCACGUUUUUGCGCUUGUAAUCAAAGUCCAUAUCUCAGCCAAUGAUACUACGCUGGACUUCAUAGGCUUAACCAAAAACUUAACAACUCUAUUUAAUGCAGAUCAAGUUUUACUGAUGGAUAUUUUUGAAUAUACAACAGAUUACCUGCUAGUUUUAAUGCACAUACACGUACCUGUCAGUGAAGAGUUUGAAACUGAGGCAGAAAGCUUGCAAGUGACUUAUCAAUCACUGAAAAAUACAGCUGUGUUAGAACUUCCUGCGUAUGAUAUUACUUUUAUAAAUAUUUCAAGUUCUAUUUAUUGCCUGCCUACUACAUCACAGGAUUAUAUAGUAUUGGAUUGGGAACUGACAAAAAUAGGAAGUGUGGCCGCUGCAAGGCAAUUUUGCUUACAAAGCAAUGGGUUACCAGUGAAAAGGCGAUGCCACGGUUCUUAUCUCUUAGGUGGCAUCUGGGGCAAUGUUGAAGGAAGUUGUAACGAAAAUUAUGAACCGUCAAUGACAACAACAUUUUUGUAUAAUUUUGCCAAAGGACACUUUUCCGAAAACUACACGUCACGUUUUUUGACCGAUGGCCUCGGUUUUGUUUUAGAUGACAUCGAUAUUUUAAUACCCGCAGACAUUUAUUAUCUAGCCAUGUCAUUGCAACACAUUAUUGAUAUUGUACAAGUUAAUGAGUCUUGUGUGGAUAUGGGUGAUAUCGAAAAUAUGGCAUGGGCUAUGGACAGAAUACUGCUCCUUGAUAAUAACUACCUGCGGUUAGCUCAAACAUUUAAUUCGACAAAUAUAAUUUUAGAUUCAAUAAAUGAUAUUAUUGAAAAACUUGCUCAGAAAAAUACAAGCUCGAUUGAAAAUUUUCGAAAAGAUGCUUAUCAAGUAUCAAUUCAACCACAAUUUAUAAUACAGAUAUCAUACCCAGGAUUCAAUAACAUUACAGGUAUAGCAAUAAUAAAUCGAAAUAAAUCUGAUAACUUUACUGAUAUGGAAAUUCAACCGCUUUAUAAAAAUACAACGUUAGAUUCCGUCAUUUCAAUUGAGAAUUUGGAAGUAGCAACUUGGAUACCAGAUAAAGUAUUGAGUUCCUUUCGAAUACUCGCAAAUGAGACUAUCGAAGAAAGCGAAACUAUUAACAAAGAUGACAUUCAUAUAGUUGUAAACGUCUUUCACAACGAUGUUGUAUUUCAACAAUUAGAUUUAUCGAAGCAUGUAGUAAACAGUCGUGUUGUGGGACUCACAGUCCCAGGAUAUCAAACAAACUUAAUUCAUUCAAUUCCUCUUUUAUUUAGAGACUUUAACCAGAAUAAUACCAAAAAAGUCUGUGGUUUUUGGGAUUUCCAGACUAGAAAAUCUGGAAGUCAUCCAGGAUUUUGGUCUAAUCACGGUUGUUAUUAUAAAAAGACCAUAAAUAACAUUACAAUAUGCCAAUGCUACCAUAUGACACAUUUUGGACAACUACUUGACAUCGGCGAAUUCCGAAGGCCAGAAUGCAUAUUAAAUAAUGAAAAGCACACCAAAGCAUUGAAUACUAUAACUCUUGUGGGUAGUUUUUUGUCGUUGCUUGGUAUCGUUGGCAUUUGGGUAACAGCUCUAGUAUUUCAAACAUGGAGGAAAAAACCUGGCACUAAAGUACUAUUGCAGUUGUCGACCGCCAUUGCUCUACCACUGAUAAUAAUAGUGGUAUUUAAUUUAGACAACACUAUGUUUUACGAAAAAGACGGUAAAUUUGUAAUUGUAGAAAAUAAAAAUGUAAUUUGCAUAAUUCUUGGGGCUCUAUUACAGUACUCUAUUUUAGCUAGCUUCAUGUGGAUGUUAAUAACGGCAGUUUUGCAAUUUAUUAGAUAUGUCAGGGUUCUAGGAGUGUGCAGACCCUCCAGAUUCAUGUGCAAGUUUGCGUUAGUUGGUUGGGGACUUCCAUUGAUCCCGGUUAUAAUUGUACUAGCAUUAGAUUAUGAAAAUUACCUCCCAGAUCCAACCACUAACCCAGAGAAACGUGUGUGCUAUCCAACUGGUUUUAAUUUCAUUGUAGGUAUCCUGAUACCGGUAGCUGUGGUUUUGUUCAUAAAUUUAAUAUUGUUUGCUUCAGUUCUUUAUUCUAUAUCGCGAGGACCAGAGGGUAAGGUGAGAUCCACAGAAAUGGACCUUGUAGGAGCUCAGUUGAGGCUAUCACUAUUUCUUUUCUUUCUGCUAGGACUCACAUGGAUCUUCGGUAUACUUUCAUUUAAUCGCAAUGUGUUAUGGUCUUAUCUAUUCUGUUUGACUUCAACUUUGCAAGGAUUUGUAUUGUUUAUUUAUUUUGUGAUAUGUGAUCCAGCUACUAGGAGUUUGUGGGUCACGUUAGUGAAACCACAAUUUCUCGGAUCGUCACCGCGCAAGAGCAUAAGUAGCAUAAGCAGCAGUUAG